AGGAUAGCAGUAUUAACCAAUGCUUGCCAGGCUAGUUUGACGGGUUCACAGCGAACACUCUUUGCCCAAAUUUUUGGCAUAGCGCGCCAGGUCGCGAUCUGGGGCCUUCCACCAGGUUCAUGUUGGCCUCAUAGUUCGUUUGACAAAUGCUAUAGCUAGGAUGUUGGUGGACUCUCUUGCCAGAAUUAGAAUGCUUGACUUUCUCGUCGCUGCGCCUGGCGCUUUGCUAUUGCUGGCUUGCAUUCUGGCCAGACCCAUUACUAGAAUAAUCAGGAAGCAUGUCAGACCGCCAGUCCUGAAGCUAGUCCACAAGCAAAUCGAGGGCGUCGCAAAGCUCCAAAGUCGGUGGCGGAACGUGAUACUGGACGUUCUUGUCAAGAUAACGGCGUCGACCGUGACCGUGGAGUGGUACCUGCUGACGCUGCCGCCCUUCUGUUGGUUCGGCGGUUUGUCAGGCGCGGUGGGCGCCAUGGCCGUCGUUCAAUGCAUGGCUGUGAGCACCUACAUGGCCUGCGUGCUCAAGGACUUGCUGUCCUGCCCGCGCCCCGCGCCCGCCGCCUGCGCCGUCUCCGCAGCGCGGCAGCGCGACCGCGAAAAGGCCGCGGCUGGCAAGGCUGAGCCGCCGCAGUCGCCCUCGCGCGACCCCUCCGCGCUGCCCUCCUCCCCCUCUGCGGCAUCGCUUUUCGACGCGCUGCCGUCCUCGCCCUCGGGCGCGGUGCUUCCCGGCUCGGGGGCGAAGGGCUCGGCCGCUGGCGCCAGGGGCGGCCGCGGCGCGGGCGGUGCUGAUGGCGGCGGUGAUGAGGGCGCGGCACAGGCGGCGCGGGCCGCGGUGCAGGUGCUGGAGGAGGCCUACCGCGGGGAGAUUGAGUACGGCGCGCCCUCCAUGCACACGUGGUGCGCCUUCAUCAUGCCCGCCUACUCCGCACUGGCUGCGGCGCAGGUCGGCGGCCUGCCGCUGCUGCAACGCGCGCUGUUCGGCAGCAGCAGCAGCAGUAGCACUAGCAGCAGCCUUAGCAGCGGCGGACUGUGGGGCUGGGUUGCGGGGCUGGACGGCGGCUCAUUUGCGGCGCUGCUGGUGGCGCUGUCGGCGGCGUGGUCGUGCUGGGUGGCCUGGUCUCGGCUUUACCUGGGCGUGCACACCUACGUAGACCUGGCGCUGGGCGGCGCGGCGGGCGGCGCCGUGCUGGGGCUGUGGCGGCUGAUGGGCAUGCCCAUGGCCCUGGCGGCGGGCGGGCUGGUGCCGUACGGAGUGGGCGGCGGCGGCGUGAGCCUAGUGCCGGACGGCGGCAGCGGCGGCGUGGUGUGGCUGGCGGCGCUGGCGCUGGUGUACCUGGUAGCGCUGGCUGGGUACCCGCGCCCAAUGGCGCACAGCACCAGCUACGAGUACGCGGUCAUCUUCCUGGGCGCGGCCCUGGGCGGCCUGGCCAGCAUCAACACCCGCACCAGCGUCACCGCCGCCAUGCUGGGGCUGCGGCCGGAGAUGCAGCACGGCGCCGACACCGCCGCCGGCACCCGCGUCGCCGCACUGCGCGCCGCCCUGCAGGCCGCCGUGCCGCCGGCGCUGCGGCACCCGCUGCUGAUCGCGCUGGCGAACUUUGUCUUCAUCGCGGUGUUCAAGGAGGCCGUCAAGGCGGUGCUGCUGGCGGUCCUGCCGCGGCUGUUCGGCCUGGCGCCGAGGGCACUGCGGCGGGCGUGGCAACCGUGGGCAGUGCACCCCAGUGGCUGCUGGCGGCCGGCGCCGCAGGAGCGGGCCGAGGUAGUGGCGACCGUUGAGGCGGUGAGCUGUGACGGGGCAGUGAAGAGCUCGUCAGCCGGCAAGGGCGCCGCCGCGGAUGGCUCCGGGGCAUCGGGGCUCAAGUCUCGUGGCCUGGGUCAGGCCAAGGGACACGCGGGGGGCGAUAGCGGCAAGGCGGCGUCGGCGGCACCGUCGGACGCUCCGGGGAAGAGCAAGGCGGAGCGGGCGUUGGCGCGCGGCGCAGCGCUGGUGGAGGCGGGUGUGCUGAUGAAGACGCCCAAGCUGCCGUACGAUGUAGACUUCUCGAGGAAGUUUUUGAAUUACGGCAUUGUUGUGUAUGCGGCGAUUGAGCUCCGCUACUUCGUGUGGCAGCUGGUUGGCAUUGAGUCGACGUGAGGAGGGCGGUUUGAGGGUGCGGGUCAGGCCGAUCGUAGUAUUCGGGGCAUGACGCUAGCGUUAGGGACUGUCAGCGUUGAAGCCCACGUCGCCUGCGGGGUGACGGUAAACAGUGCGCAUGCGGAACUGCCAUUGACGCCAUGAGGGCGAGAACGAGAGAAUCGCGUGGGUGCUGGCCGCUGUAAGGGCGGUAGGCUGCAAGGCAAUAGCUUCGGAAACCUUAAAGCAUGGUGGCGCGCGCGUGGUGAGGCACCCGUGGUAAAGCGGGAAGGAGCAUCUGCACCUGUAGGUAGGGGGUCAGGGUUGGUUCGCGCCAGGGGUGCCCCUGGUUCGUGCAUCGGGACCCAAGGAGGAGCGCAAUCGCUGGACCGGCCGGGUAGUUGCUUGGCUGUUCACAGCCUGGCGCAGGUGCAUGUGUCGAGAGGCAAGAAAGGCAUCCGGGGGCUACAACACUGCAAAUCUUAAUACUUGACGCUUACUGUACAAUGGCGGGAAGUCUUGGCUGUCGCGCUGCUGCAAUUGGCCCACGCGGCGGUGCGGUAUCACGUCAGGUUGCGCUUUUGCUGUGUGGUAUCACGCAUGAGUAGGUGCGCGGGCUGGCGCGGGAGGCAAGGAGCUGCAGGUCUUGGACGCCAUCGCUGUAUGUGUAAGCAGGUUGGCUUGCGGUAAAGGGAGCCGAACAGUUGGUUGGCAAGUGCAGGCUUGCUGCGUUACAUUACAUUGUCACGCACUGGCAUAGCCCCCAGGGCACUGGUCAUGUAUGGGUCAGAAUGAGACACACACAGCCACGCCUUGCAAAACGUUGCCGUGCCCGGACGCCACGUAUGUUUCGUGUAGCAUUCUCGCCAGCAGACAGUCAUAAUGGUUAGACCGACCGGGGGAACCCGAGGCUCGCGCCAUCGCCGCAAUGCCGCAUGUCCACUCACUAAGUCUUUUAGAAUCAAUGAACUUUCGUUCCUAUUGUAAGAAUCCCUU